AUGGCUGGUCGUGUUACACCGGAGUCUAAAGGGCCUCUAACAACCAAUGUGGACAUCAUUGACGAGCUCUUCUACGUCACUAUGUGUAGGCAAGAUAGGCUGCAAAGGCAGUUGGCAGAGUACAUGGUAUUCGGACCGGCGUUGAAGCGCUACAGCGAGCUGGCCUCUAGGCUCUUCAAUGUCAACCUCAUUGACGAGAGUGACAAUGUGUCCUUUGGUCAUGAGGGUUGGGAUAGGGAUGUGAAGAUUAUGCACGUGGUGAAUGUUUCGAAUAUUUAA